CUACCAACGCAACGUGCCCUCGGCUCAAGCAGCGCCUUUUUGCUCCAUGGCUCCCAAGUGCUGUUGGACGGUUUGCAGAAGAGCAUCAUUCAGCAACUCGACUGCACCUCCAUGUACAGCACCGCCAUCACUGCAUGCGCCGCAGCUGAUCUGUGGCAGAACUCAUUGCGCCUCUUCUUGGAGAGGAACUUACAACCAGACACGAUUUCCUGCAACGCAGCCCUCAACGGGUGCAGCAGCAGCCGGCAGUGGCAGGAGGCUGUUGAGAUGCUGGUGGCCAUGCCUUCGAGACACCUCAGGAGCAACAUCAUCACUGUGAAUACCAUGAUCUUCGGUGUCCAGGGUCGUUUCUGGCCUUCCGCCCAAAAGCUUCUGCACGAUGUUCAAGAAGACAAGCUGCAAACUGAUUUGAUCAGCUACAACACCAGCAUGAAGCUCUUUGACUGGCAGAGAAGCCUCGACCUCUUAGAACAGAUGCGAUUGCGCCUGGUGCGUUCUGACAGCAGUAGCUACAUUGCCAAUUUGAACGCCGCAGAAACAAAGUCCUGGGCGAUCCUCCUCCAACUGGUGGCCCGACAAGAACUUCACAACGAGCUGACCAUGAAGAAUGCGCUCAUCAGUGCCCUGACAGCCUGGCCUUACGCCCUGCAUUUGCUCCACGGGCUCCAGCCGCUUCAGCCGGAUCUGGUGACCUUCAACGCCAGCAUCGCCGCAGUGGCCGCUGUCGCCUGGGACAAAACGCUGCAACUGCUGCGGGAGUUGAAAGCAACGAUGCAAGGAACUGCCAUCAGCUACACCUCUGCCAUGUGCCAAAAUUGGCAGAGUGCUUGGCAGUUGCUUGAAGAGGCACGACAGAUAUCUCAAGACAAUUCGAUCAUGCGCAAUGCAGCUAUCAGCGCUGCGGAAGAAGGAGGCCAUUGGCAAGAAGCCCUUUUUGCGAUGGCCAGUUGCUGGACCAGGGAUGUGAUUUCUUACAAUGCCAUCAUCAGUGCAUGUGAGAAAGGACAUCGUUGGGCUGGCGCCAUGUGUUUCUUUGAUGGCAUCGUGUUUCAAGAGAUCAGACCCAGCACCAUCAGUUUCAACUCAUCCCUGAGCGCGUGUGAGAAGAGCGGCAUGUGGCAAACAGCAUUCCAGCAACUGACCUCGACGUCCUCACAUUGUGACCUUUCCCUCGACGUGGUCACGUUCAACGCCACGCUUUCGGCCUGUGAAAAGGGCCGGGAGUGGCACUGGGCGGUGCAACAACUGCAGCAAAUGGAGAUGGCCCUUCUGCAAAAAAACGCCAUCAGCUCCAGCGCCGUUUUGGCCGCGCUCUGCCGCUGCCUGCAGUGGCCUUCGGCGCUGCGCCGUUGCCGGCGCCUCGAGGGCAGCAUCGAUGCAGCGCUGGGGAGCUGCGAAUUGGCCGAUGCCCCGGGGCAGUGGCCGCAGUGGCCUGUGACGCUGCUUGGGAAUGGAGAAAAA